CGGCGCCCAGGGGCUCUCGCCGCACGUGAGAGUCUCCGCACCUGGGAGUCGGAGAGUACUAGAGUGUGAGCCACUUUCCCUUACUUACAAUCAGUUGCAACCUUCCGACCCGUCGCGAGGCCCUCGCGGCCGCUCCCCCUCUGUAGCCAUGAAGACAAAGCCCGUUUCCCACAAGACCGAGAACACGCACCGGUUUCUUACAUUUGCAGAACGACUAGGGAAUGUGAAUAUCGAUAUUAUUCACCGGAUUGACAGAACUGCAAGCUAUGAUGAGGAAGUUGAAACUUACUUUUUUGAGGGUCUACUGAAAUGGAGAGAAUUGAACCUUACCGAACACUUUGGGAAAUUUUACAAAGAAGUUAUUGACAAAUGCCAGUCAUUCAAUCAGUUGGUCUAUCAUCAAAAUGAGAUCGCUCAAAGUUUGAAAACUCACCUGCAAAUCAAGAACAGUUUUGCCUAUCAGCCACUUUUGGACUUGGUUGUGCAGUUGGCUAGAGAUCUCCAGACAGAUUUCUAUCCGCAUUUUCAGGAUUUUUUCCUGACCAUCACCUCAAUCUUGGAGACUCAGAACACAGAGUUGUUAGAGUGGGCUUUCACCUCACUGUCCUAUCUUUACAAAUACCUGUGGCGACUGAUGGUGAAGGACAUGGCCAGUAUAUACAGCAUGUACAGCACACUCCUGGCUCAUAAAAAAUUACAUAUAAGAAAUUUUGCUGCUGAAAGCUUUACUUUUUUGAUGAGAAAGGUUUCUGAUAAAAAUGCACUUUUCAAUUUAAUGUUUCUUGAUCUUGAUGAACAUCCAGAAAAGGUGGAAGGAGUUGGACAGUUGCUCUUUGAAAUGUGCAAGGGAGUUCGGAAUAUGUUUCACUCCUGCACAGGAACGGCAGUGAAGCUAAUUUUGCAAAAAUUAGGACCAAUUACUGAAACAGAGGCUCAACUACCUUGGAUUUUAAUUGGAGAAACACUCAAAACUAUGGUCAGAUCUACUGCAUCCUACAUCUACAAGGAGCAUUUUGGUAUAUUUUUUGAAUGUUUGCAAGAAUCACUCCUGGCUCUACAUACAAAAGUAACCCAGACUAACUCUGGUGAAAGUUCUGAACAGGUAAAAAGGUUGUUGGAAACAUACCUAAUUCUUGUGAAACAUGGAAAUGGAUCGAAGAUAACCAAACCUGUUGGUGUUUGUAAGGUACUGUCUCAGUCAUUCCAGGUAGCCCAUCUCUCCACAUCUUGCCGGCAGACCCUCUUGGAUGUAAUUUCUGCUUUGAUGCUAGGUGAAAAUGUUUCCUUGCCAGAGACCCUCAUCAGAGAAACCAUUGAAAAGAUUUUUGACAGCAGUUUUGAAAGGCACUUAAUCUUGGAUUUUUCUGAAGGCAUGUUUACCAUGAAGCAGUUUGAGCAGCUUUUUCUACCCAGCUUUCUCUUGUAUAUUGAGAGUUGCUUCUCAGUCGAUGACAGAACAGUUCAAGAUGAAGCUCUGGCCAUUCUGACCAAGCUCAUUGUGAACAAAGCCUCGCCUGCUGCUGUUGGCUGCACGGCACUUCAGUACCCUCUGGUCUUCUCACCGCAGACAGUGGGGUCCUAUAUAAGGCAGAGGAGUAUAAGAUCUAAGGAAGGAAAAGAGCAGAAAACAGUAUUGGAUCAUCUUUUAGCUCUCAUUCAGUUACCCCCUAAUAAAGAUGUUUGCCUUUCACAUUCUUGGGCAGCCCUUGUUGUGUUACCUCAUGUCAGACCUCUGGAGAGAGAGAAGGUGAUUCCACUGGUUACAUGCUUCAUAGAGUCACUCUUCACCACUGUUGACAGAGGGAGCAUUGGAAAAGGAAGCUUAUUUGUUCUUUAUCAAGCUGUAAAUACUCUGCUGAGUUUAGAAGAAUCUUCUGAACUUCUUCAUUUGGUUCCUGUGGAACGUGUGAAGAAUUUAGUAUUAAUGCUUCCUUCGGAACCGUCAGUGCUGCUGUUGGCUGAUCUGUAUUAUCAGAGAUUAUCCAUACACGGCUGCAGAGGGCCACUGUCUGAGGAAGCAUUAAUGGAAUUAUUUCCCAAGUUACAAGCCAACAUUUCAAGUGGUAUAUCCAAGAUUCGGCUUUUGACAGUAAGGAUCCUAAACUACUUUGAAGUUCAACUUCCAGAAUUGAUGGGGGAUGACGGGCUCGGGGAUCGCCAGUCGGCCUUUGCUAUAUUACACCAGGCAGAACUCGUGCCAGCGACGGUGAAUGAUUACAGGGAAAAGCUUCUUCACCUGAGAAAACUAAGACAUGACGUGGUGCAAAGAACUACCCCUCAGGGGCUGUUACGGGAGGUGCCACUUCGUUACUUAUUAGGCAUGUUAUAUGUUAACUUCAGUCCACUCUGGGACCCUGUUAUUGAACUCAUAAGCUCUCAUGCACAUGAAAUGGAAAAUAAGCAGUUUUGGAAAGUCUACUAUGAACAUCUAGAAAAAGCAGCUACCCAUGCUGAGAAAGAACUGCAAAAUGAUAGAAGAGAUGAGAAAUCUGGCAGAGAUGAAAGUUGGGAGCAGACUCCAGAAGGAGAAGUUGGAGCGCUUUAUAGCAAGCAGUUAGCAUUGAAAACCGACUGCCAAGAAAGACUGGACUAUACCAACUUCCGAUUUUUGCUCUGGCGAGCUCUGGCAAAAUUCCCUGAGAGGGUAGAGCCUAGAUCCAGGGAGCUCACCCCACUUUUCUUGAGAUUUAUCAACAAUGAGUAUUACCCAGCAGAUCUGCAAGUUGCUCCAACCCAGAAUCUGCUGAAAAAAACCAAAGGGGUGGCGAUGGAGGAAGUAGUUGAGGAGGAGCCUGCCACUGGAGAGGAUGAAGAGUUGGAGGAAGAGGUGGCCCCCCAAGAUGAACCCUCCCAGAAGAAAAAGACAAGAAGAGCUGCAGCAAAGCAGUUAAUUGCUCAUUUACAAGUUUUCUCAAAGUUUUCAAAUCCUCGGGCCUUAUAUCUAGAGUCCAAAUUAUACGAGCUUUAUCUUCAGUUGUUGCUACAUCAGGAUCAAACAGUACAAAAAAUAACCCUGGAUUGCAUAAUGACAUAUAAACAUCCACAUCUCCUCCCUUACAGGGAAAACUUACAACGAUUACUUGAAGACAGAAGUUUCAAGGAAGAGAUCGCGCAUUUCGGCAUUUCAGAAGAAAACACAGUAGUCAAAACAGCCCACCGAGCAGAUCUGUUUCCUAUCCUGAUGAGAAUUUUGUAUGGACGAAUGAAGAACAAGACUGGGAGUAAAACUCAGGGGAAAUCGUCUUCCGGCACCCGCAUGUCCAUUGUGCUAAGGUUCCUGGCAGGAACCCAGCCCGAGGAGAUACAGAUAUUCUUAGACUUGCUGUUUGAACCUGUAAAGCACUUCAAGAACGGAGAAUGUCAUUCUGCAGUCAUUCAAGCUGUAGAAGGUUUGGAUUUGUCUAGAGUUCUUCCCUUAGGGCGUCAGCACGGUGUCUUAAAUAGCCUUGAAAUAGUAUUGAAGAAUAUUAGUCAUCUGAUCAGUGCCUACUUACCAAAGAUUUUGCAGAUACUGCUGUGCAUGACAGCGACUGUGUCACAGAUCCUUGACCAAAGGGAAAAGAUACAACUAAGAUUUAUUAACCCAUUGAAAAACUUAAGACGUCUUGGAAUUAAAAUGAUAUCUGAUAUCUUUCUGGAUUGGGAAUCUCACCAGUUCACAACAGAAGAAAUUGAUGCCGUGUUCUGUGCUGCAGUGUGGCCCCAGAUCAGCAGGCUUGGAUCUGAGAGUCAGUAUUCUCCUACACCUCUGCUGAAACUGAUUAGUAUUUGGAGCAGAAACGCAAGAUAUUUCCCUUUUCUGGCAAAACAGAAGCCUGGACACCCAGAAUGUGAUAUUUUGACCAACGUUUUUUCAAUUCUCUCAUCAAAGAAUCUCUCUGAAGCCACAGCCAGUAUGGUGAUGGAUAUCAUUGAUGAUCUUCUUAACCUUCCAGAUUUUGAGCCCACAGAGACAGUUUUGAGCUUGACAGUAACUGGAUGCGUGUACACAGAAGGUGCAGAUGAGUCUAUCACAACAGGGGGACGAUUAAUUCUGCCUCAUGUACCUGCUAUUCUCCAGUAUCUCAGCAAAACCACAAUAAGUGCAGAAAAGGUGAAAAAGAAAAAGAACAGAGCUCGAGUCAGUAAGGAACUUGGCAUUCUUUCAAAGAUCAGCAAAUUCAUGCAAGACAAAGAACAAAGUUCUCUCCUCAUCACACUUCUCCUGCCCUUCCUCCACCGUGGCAAUAUUGCUGAGGAUACGGAGAUUGAUAUUCUGGUGACAAUACAAAAUCUGUUAAAGCAUUGCCUGGAACCUACAAACUUCCUCAAGCCUCUAGCAAAACUUUUCUCAAUUAUUAAGAACAAGUUGUCACGCCAGUUGCUUUGUACAGUUUUCGAGACACUUUCUGAUUUUGAGAGUGAAUUAAAAUAUGUUACUGAAGUUGUCAAGCUCAAUGCCUUUGAUCGAAGACAUCUUGAUGAUAUCAACUUUGAUGUUCGCUUCUCAACAUUCCAGACCAUUGCCUCUCAUAUUAAAGAGAUGCAAACUGUAGAUGUUAACUUCCUAAUUCCGGUCAUACAUAAUUGUUUCUAUAAUCUGGAGCUAGGAGACAUGUCUUUAAGUGACAAUGCCAGCAUGUGUUUGAUGAGCAUCAUCAAAAAGCUGGCUGCCUUGAACGUCACAGAAAAAGACUACAGAGAAAUCAUUCACCGUUCUCUGCUGGAGAGAUUGAGGAAAGGACUGAAGAGCCAGACAGAGACUAUUCAACAAGAUUACACCACACUGCUUUCCUGUUUAAUUCAAACCUUUCCAAACCAACCAGAAUUUAAAGAUCUGGUCCAGCUUACUGAUUGCCACGACCCAGAAAUGGACUUCUUUGAGAAUAUGAAGCAUAUCCAGAUCCACAGGCGAGCAAGAGCCUUGAAGAAACUGGCAAAACAACUAACGGAAGGCAAAAUUGUGCUGUCUUGUAAAUCUCUUCAGAAUUAUAUCAUGCCCUAUGCCAUGACUCCAAUUUUUGAUGAGAAAAUGCUCAAGCAUGAAAAUAUAACCAUCGCUGCCACAGAAAUUAUUGGAGCUAUUUGCAAGCACCUCUCUUGGUCAGCAUAUAUAUAUUACUUGAAACAUUUCAUUCAUGUCUUACAAACAGGACAAAUCAAUCAAAAGUUGGGUGUCAGUUUACUAGUAAUAGUAUUAGAAGCCUUCCAUUUUGACCACAGAUGUCUUGAAGAACAAAUGAGAAAAAUUGAGAAUGAAGAAAGUGAUUUUUGUUGUUUACUAAACAUAGACACAAUAGAAGUGAUAGAGUUGCCAGAGCACGAAGCCAUGGAAUUAGAGCCUGUGGAUGAGGAAGAGAAGGAAGAUACAAGCAAGCAUUUGUCAGACCACAACGAAGAACUUGGAAACCCUGAUCCCACAGAUGGUGAAGGGACAUCAGCUUUGGAAUCUGAGACUGUCACACCAUUCAUCUCUUCCCUUCCUCAGAAUAAGGAAGAAUUGGAGAAAACAAUUAAAAAUAUCCAAGGAACCAUUACUGGGGAUAUCCUACCCAGACUUCAUAAAUGCCUGGCAUCUACGACUAAAAGGGAAGAAGAACAUAAGCUCAUCAAAUCAAAGGUUGUGAAUGAUGAGGAAGUGGUUCGAGUCCCCUUGGCGUUCGCCAUGGUUAAGCUAAUGCAGUCCCUUCCACAUGAAGUUUUGGAAGCUAAUCUACCAAGUAUUUUGCUCAAAGUGUGCGCCCUCCUUAAGAACAGAGCACAGGAAAUCAGAGACAUUGCACGGAGCACUCUUGCAAAAAUAAUAGAGGAUCUAGGGGUGCAUUACCUACAAUAUAUUUUGAAAGAACUACAGACUACCCUUGUCCGUGGAUACCAGGUCCAUGUGCUGACUUUCACUGUUCACAUGUUGCUGCAAGGCCUCACCAACAAGCUACAAGUUGGGGAUUUGGACCCUUGUUUAAAUAUCAUGAUUGAGAUUUUUAACCAUGAGUUGUUUGGUGCUAUUGCUGAAGAGAAGGAAGUAAAACAGAUCCUAUCCAAAGUCAUGGAGGCACGAAGAAGCAAGAGUUAUGAAUCUUAUGAAAUCCUGGGCAAGUUUAUAGGAAAAGAUCAGGUUACGAAACUUAUCCUCCCACUAAAAGAGAUCUUACAAAACACCACGAGUUUAAAACUGGCCCGGAAAGUUCAUGAAACGUUACGCCGAAUCAUCGCAGGAUUAAUUGUAAAUCAGGAGAUGACAGCAGAGUCCGUUAUGUUGCUCAGUUACGGGUUGGUCAGUGAAAAUCUCCCCCUGUUAACAGAGAAAGAAAAAACUCCCACAGCCCCUGCACCGGAUCCACGCCUGCCACCCCAGAGCUGUCUUCUGCUCCCCCCAACUCCAGUUCGAGGCGGGCAGAAAGCUGUUAUAAGCAGGAAAACCAACAUGCAUAUUUUCAUAGAGUCUGGACUGCAGCUGCUGUAUCUGAGUCUGAAGACUUCCAAGAUCAAGUCUUCGAGUGCACACGUUCUGGAAAUGCUGGAUCCUUUUGUGUCCCUCCUCAUAGACUGCCUGGGCUCCAUGGACGUGAAGGUGAUCACUGGUGCUUUGCAAUGCCUGAUCUGGGUGCUGAAGUUCCCUCUGCCUUCUAUAGAAACAAAAGCAGAGCAGCUCACCAAGCACCUUUUCCUUUUGCUGAAGAACUACGCAAAACUGGGCGCUGCCAGGGGCCAGAACUUCCACCUGGCAGUGAAUUGUUUCAAGUGUGUGACCAUUCUGGUGAAGAAAGUGAAGACAUACCAGAUCACGGAGAAGCAGCUUCAGGUUCUUCUAGCAUAUGCCGAGGAGGACAUUUACGAUACCUCACGACAGGCCACGGCGUUUGGCCUGCUGAAGGCCAUUUUAUCAAGAAAAUUACUGGUCCCAGAAAUUGAUGACAUCAUGAGGAAAGUAUCCAAGUUGGCAAUUUCUGCACAAAACGAGCCUGCCAGAGUCCAGUGCAGACAGGUUUUCCUGAAAUAUAUUCUUGACUACCCACUGGGUGACAAAUUAAGACCAAAUUUGGAAUUCCUGCUCGCUCAACUGAAUUAUGAACAUGAGACCGGAAGAGAGUCCACCCUGGAAAUGAUUGCCUACAUCUUCGACACGUUCCCUCAGGGGCUGCUCCACGAGAACUGCGGGAUGUUCUUUAUUCCCCUCUGUCUAAUGCUGGUGAACGACGACUCCGCCACGUGCAAGAAGAUGGCAUCCAUGACGAUCAAGGCCUUACUCGGCAAAAUCAGCCUUGAGAAACGAGACUGGCUCUUUGACAUGGUUACCACGUGGUUCAAGGCAAAGAAGAGCUUAAAUAGACAGCUAGCUGCCCUGACCUGUGGCUUGUUUGCAGAAAAUGAAGGAGUCGCUUUUGAGAGAAGGCUUGACACUGUUCUCCCUGUGAUUGAAAAGGAGAUUGAUCCUGAAAAUUUUAAAGAUAUCAUAGAAGAGGCUGAAGAAAAAGCUGCAGAUCGCCUUCUGUUUAGCUUUCUUACACUGAUAAGUAAGCUCAUCAAGGAAUGUAAUAUUAUCCAGCUUACCAAGCCCUCUGAGACUUUGAGUAAAAUAUGGAGCCACGUGCACUGUCACCUGAGACACCCACACAAUUGGGUGUGGCUCACCGCAGCUCAGAUUUUUGGAUUGCUCUUUGCCUCCUGCCAACCAGCGGAGCUGAUAAGAAAAUGGAAUGGGAAGAAAACUAAAAAGAAGCUCCCAGAACCUGUAGCGGUCAGGUUCCUAACAAGUGACCUUGACCAAAAGAUGAAAAGUAUCUCUCUAGCUUCUUGCCAUCAAUUAUAUUCCAAAUUUUUGGAUCAGUCUCUAGGAGAGCAAGUUGUUAAGAAUUUGUUGUUCAUAGCCAAAGUCUUAUUUUUGCUGGAGCCUGAUUCUGAGGACAAAAAUGAGAUUAAAGACCUGGAGCAAGAAGAAACUUUAGGAGAUGGUGUGACCAGAAGGACAGAUGACGAGGCCUGUGCAGAUGGAAAGGCAGAAUUGGACAGAGAAGAGAAGGAAGACGCAAAGGAGGGAUACAGCAGGCCAGCCACGCUGUUGUGGUUGAUCCAGAAAUUGUCCCGGAUGGCCAAGCUGGAAUCUGCUUAUUCCCCCAGGAACCAGUUAAAGAGAACAUGCAUCUUUAAAUUUCUCGGCGCGAUGGCCAUGGACCUUGGAGCGGACAAGGUGAAGCCCUACCUCCCGGUGAUCAUAGCGCCUCUGUUCCGAGAACUGAACAGCACCUGUCUGGACCAGGAUCCUUUGCUGAAGAAUCUAUCCCAGGAAAUCAUAGAAUUACUCAAAAAGCUGGUUGGGUUGGAGAACUUCUCAUUGGCCUUCGCCUCUGUACAGAAGCAGGCUAGUGAAAAAAGGGCACUUCGCAAAAAGAGGAAGGCGUUGGAGUUUGUAACAAAUCCUGAUAUUGCCGCCAAGAAAAAAAUGAAGAAACACAGAAAUAAAAAAGAAGCAAAAAAGAGAAAAAUAGAGUUCCUGCGUCCAGGCUAUAAGGCCAAGAGACACAAGAGCCACAGCCUGAAAGACUUGGCGAUGGUGGAGUGACGUGCUCAGCGUGCUGACACACUGUCUCACCCCAAAGCUUGGACUUCCCGUUGGGUUCUGCUGGGCUGAAGUCAACAGGUUUUGUUAUUUAAUUAGCCUUUCCCAUAGAUUGUGUAAUAUACAGUUUAAUAUAAGCAUGGUCUCUUUCUUAUUAAAACAUUUCAAAAUACUACAGCAUCUUCAUUGUCUUAAAAAGCAUGGGAUGUCAUAAAAUUCCGUUUAAAAUGUCAUUUUUUAAAAAUACACUUUAAAAUAGCAAGAAGGAAAUGUAGUUAGGAAUAAUCAGGCGUGUGCACACUCCUGCUUUCGUGGAUGGAGGAAAUGAAGCUUCAUCCAAAGACAGAACUGCACAAAUGGAGAAAUACAACCAUGUUCAUGAGAAGGAAGAUUCAGAGGCACGUUAUUUCUUCCCAUACUGGGCACCACUGGUUAAAUGCAGCGAAUGAGCUGAUUCUACAGUGUAUGUAGAAGAUAGUAAGCUGAGAAUAACCAUGAAGUGCUUUAAAAAAAGAACGAGAAAGGGGGCUUUCCUUGUCAGCUAAGACACAAUUUAUUAACGAGGGAACACGUUAAUAAAUUCCACUUCAUUGAGGAACUCCCAUUUAUGAAAAGACACAACUGGGCCAUGGCGCAUAACAUAUUGAGAGGAUUAGUAGUUCCCAGGCCAUAUAAUGAAUAUAUAUACAGAGUCAUAGACAGGAACCAGCAAAAGUAACCCAGUAACAAUAGAAAUAUUAAUGGUCCUUAACAUUUGGGAUAUGUGGUUGUAUCAGUUCUUAAGUAUUGAGCUACCCAUGUUUCACCCUGGCCGUUUGUCAGUAGAUUCAGGAUCUCCCCACACAGAGACUAGAGGGUUACUGUCUGGGCAGGGGGUGUGGGUCCUUCUGCAUCAACUAUGUCUGGUUGUUAUGUUUAGUUAUUCCUGUAGUAAACCUCACUGGUAGGAAAAUUCAAAUUAAUACCUGAGUGAGAUUCCUUUUGAACCCUUCAAAUUAGUAAAGCUGACAACAGGAAAUGCUGACAAGCGUAUUAGAGCAGUGGGAACUCUACAAGCCACCUUGAAAAACAAUUUGGAAGCAUCUUAGUUCAACUAUCUGGCAUCUUUUACCUCACACUUGUCUUGAUGUGGAAGCAAUGUAACUCUUUACUGCCUAAUACACUUGGAAGAGAGGAACAAUCCAUCUGUGUGCCAGGUUCUCUGCAUUCAUGUUGUACAUCCCCAUUUUAUUCCUGAGAACCUCCUAAAAUUGUUUAAUGAAUGAGUAAACAGUCUCAUUUCCUAAGGAUGGCAUGGAUUGGACCAUAAGAAGAAGGAUUCAAGUUAGGAUUGAAAGCCCAUGCUCUUUAUAAUUUGUGAUUAUGAAGUCAGGAUAGUAUUGUAUGCAGCCUAGGAAUCGAAAGUUCGGACUUUGAGGACCUUUAGCAUGUUUUGGAUAUGGAUUGCGUCUCAUGUCUGCAGGAGGUGUGUAAUGUGCCAGAAGGAUAAACAGCACAUCUCAGAGGGCUCCUUUCCAUUCAUUCUAAGUGAGUUCAAGUAAGUGCAUGUUUUGUUUCAUCAAAAUUUUAAAAAUCAAAGUUAAUACUAAGGUAAAGUUCAAACAAAUCUCAGGACUAUGGAGCACGGCUUUGUUUUAAUCAGCGAAUAUUUAUUGAGUGCCUACUAUGUACCAGGUGCACCACACUAAUGCAGGGGACACUAACAGUAAAUAAGGUAUGGCCCACUGCCCUCAGUUUACAUUUCAACAGUUUAAAGUGCAUCUCAGGUAUUCACAUCACAGAAGUAACCACCACUCUCAAUUUCUCAUUUUUUACAGUACGAUCACAUGACAUAGCACAACUACCAACCAGACUUAUAAAAUAGAUUCCUGGAGCUGACAGACACCUUUCAUGUUUGUCCAAGUCUUCUGGAAAACUCUUAAGUCAUUUGUGCCUACAACUCACUUCUGUUCUGAUUUCAAAUAUGGUACUCUCCCAUUUUCACAAACAGAACUCGAGAUUAUUUUGUAAAUAUCAAUAUUCAAACUCCUGUAUCAUUCCUGUACACACAAAGCUCUGUAAUUGAUACCGUAUGAAGGUGAGUGUACACUCUUCCCCAUCCUAGCCUUUGUCAUCAGCCAGAGGGAUUAGGAUCAUCCUAGCACUCACUCCACCACAGCUUCUUGUGCCCUCAGUACGCAAGAUGGCAAGGGCUACAUGCCAGGUCCUGGCAGCACCUUUCUGCCAGGAGUUCACUUGCCCAUUCUGGACUCACAGUAUUCCUGAGCUGCUGGGGAGACUCAGCUACCUGGGAACAAGCCCAGCAACAGCUCAUGCUCUUGACCAGCGGGAGGGCCCAGUAUUAAACUUAGGAAUACUAUUCUCUGAGCCCGCAAAUACUAUUUCAACCAUAAACACAUUCUGAGGUGGUGUACUGAGCCAGACACUUGGCUUCUAGAGACAGAGUUGAGGGCAGCCUGCCCAUCAGGAGUGACCUAUAACACACUGCUAGGCCCAGUUAGUAGUAGGUUCUCAGAAGCACAUCUCCAAAAAAGAUUUCAAGGAGACCAAAAUAAGAGGAAAAUCCUGCAGGUGAGAAGAGAAAGCCAACAUUCACCUGCACUCAGAAUAACCAAAAGUGUGAGGGAAGAGCCACAAGUCAACAUCUGAAGGGCAGUGGUGGGGACAGGAAAUAAAGCCAGUGCUGUUCUGAUUCUGACGGUCACAACAGUUGCAAACUUCUCUUUGCCAACAUCUGGUUUUUAUAAUACUGGCUGUCUAAUUGAAAAUUGAAAAAAAUCCACCCUAUGUUAGUAUUUACUAAGAACUAUAUUCACCCCUCACUCUCGCUACUCCUGUGGUGGGCUGGGUAAUUUAAUUUCAAAAAUUCUUUGGAACAUAAUUUUUUUCUAAAUGUCUCUGAUAACCUAACAGGAAAUCUAAUCUCUAAAAUGAAUUGUUUAAUUUCUCCUCAUAGAAUAAAAUUCUGACUUUUCACUUAAUUUACAUGUCCAACUAUAGAUAAAUCUAAGACAAUACAGAUGUCUCACAACGUUUUU